AUGUCAAAGAACGAGAAACCAGUAUUGGACAUUCAAGUGGUUCAGGCCAAUGGAGACAUUGGGAAACUCACUUUCAUGAUUACUGUUUGCUCGAAGGAUACAGAGAUCCAACAAAAAGACAGAACUACUCAAACAAAUUACCAUUACAUUGCAGCUAAGCGACCUUUUGAAAUAGCUGUACUUCGGACAGCAAUACCAAGCUCAGAAUGGAACACGCACAAUGUAAUUGCUCCAAAAAUAGUAGCAGAUGAUCAACACAAACCUUGGGUAUGGCUACAGAAAAUCAAGGAACAUUAUGUUGGGGCGAGCACCUUAAUGCAAGACCGUUAUCACUUCUGGGUGAAAAUGACACAACCGCCAACAGCGCCAAUAGCAAUGUGGGAAACUAUGGUUUGUGUGGCAGCAGACCGCUGUUCCUUUGGAGCUCAAUCUGAUGAGUUCAUGAGUGAUUACCGCCUUGCCCUCCUUAACAUAUACGCAACACCCCACCACAUGGUUAUUCGUUUUCGCCAGCGCAACGUCAGAUGGGGAGACGCACCCGUUCUAGUCUACCACUAUGCAGAGAAUGCCUUUUACCAGAUUGACGUGAUCGCCGGACUGUGA